AUGGAAGCGGAGGACGCAGGCAGCUAUUCCCUCCAGCAAGCGCAAGCUUUUUAUACGUUUCCAUUCCAACAAAAGAUGACUGAAGUUCCUAAUAUGGCAGUUAUGAAUGAACAAGAAAUGCCAGCAGAAGUUCCAGCCCCAGCUCCUGGUCAGGAACCCACACAAGAGACUCCAAAAGGAAGGAAAGGAAAACCCAGAACAACAGAACCAAAAACACCAGUGGAACCCAAAAAACCUGCUGAGGCCAAAAAAUCUGGCAAGUCCACAAAAUCAAAAGAAAAGCAGGAAAAAAUUACAGACACGUUUAAAGUAAAAGUAGACCGGUUCAAUAGUGUUUCAGAAGCUGAACUUUUGACCAAGACUCUACUGGACAUUUUGACCUUCAAUCUGGACAUUGUGAUUAUUGGCAUAAACCCAGGACUAAUGGCUGCUUACAAAGGGCAUCAUUACCCUGGACCUGGAAACCAUUUUUGGAAGUGUCUGUUUAUAUCAGGGCUGAGUGAGGUCCAACUGAAUCACAUGGAUGAUCAUACUUCACCAGGGAAAUAGGAUAUUGGAUUUACCAAUAUGGUGGAAAGGAUAACACCAGGCAGCAAGGAUCUUUCCGGUAAAGAAUUUUGUGAAGGAGGACGUAUUCUAGUGCAGAAAUUACAGAAAUAUCAGCCACGAAUAGCAGUGUUUAAUGGAAACUGUAUUUAUGAAAUUUUUAGUAAGGAAGUUUUUGGAGUAAAAGUUAAGAACUUAGAAUUUGGACUUCAACUGCAUAAGAUCCCAGACACAGAAACUCUCUGCUAUGUUAUGCCAUCAUCCAGUGCAAGAUGUGCUCAGUUUCCUCGAGCCCAGGACAAAGUUCAUUACUACAUUAAGCUGAAGGACUUAAGAGAUCAGUUGAAAGGCACUGAACGAAACACAGACAUUCAAGAGGUGCAAUAUACAUUUGACCUGCGGCUAGCCCAAGAGGAUGCAAAGAAGAUGGCUGUGAAGGAAGAAAAAUAUGAUCUGGGUUAUGAAGCAGCGUGCGGUGGUGCUUAUAGUGAAAAUCCGUGCAGUAGUGAACCUUGCAGCUUCUCUUCAAAUGGGCUGACAGCUGACAGUGGAGAAUCAACUUUCAGUGACAUUCCAAAUGGGCAGUGGAUGACCCAGUCAUUUACAGACCAGAUUCCUUCCUUUAAUAAUCACUGUGCAAUGCAAGAACAGGAAGAAGGAAACCAUGCUUAA